CUUUUUAGCAUCGUGUCACUGCCAGCUGCACCACGGGCUGCGGAGCUCUCGGCAGCACCACGCAGCUCUGCCCUUCCCACGGAGCGAGCGGCGCUGCCCUGGGGCUGCUGUCGGGGACAAAGUCAGGUGCGACAGCCCCAGCCCGCAGCUCGGCUGAGCCCAGAGCACGGAGCAGGUUUCCAAAGAACUGACCCUCGCCCAUCCCCGGGGAAGAUUUUUUGGCGUAACUUUCUUGAACAAAGGGACAUUGCUUUUUUUUUUUUUUUUUUUUUUUUAAUAUUAAUAUUUUUUUAAAUUUCUUUUCCUCAAAGCAAUGAGAGGAGUGCCUGGAAAUCUCAAGCAGAAAGCUCAGCCUCUUAACGCUGGCUCCGGAGAGCGCCGUUAACUGGGAUUAAGAAAGUCACCUAAUGCUUCACCAGGAUUUCAGCAGCACGGAGCCUCCCGAGGCAGAGAACGGCGACGGCAAAUCCGGCAGGAUCUCAGGGCAGCAGCAGAUCCACGCAGGUGCAGCGGCGGCACGGAGCUCCCAGCGCAGCCCCGGAGCGCCCGGCGCAUCCCGGCUGAGCGGCAGAUGAGACAGCGCGCUUCCCCGAACCGGGCGUGCUGGGGGAACACGGGCCGGGACACGAGACUGACCGCGUUUGCCCUCCUGUUUUACUUCUGCCGUGGAGGAAAUUUAAGCAAGAACAUGUAUAGUGAAUUGCUCAAUUCAACCAGUGCCACCGAAGCUCACCUAAUGAUCCAGACCAACACGCCCUACCUGAGCAGCACUCCGAGACCCGUGAGCUCCUCCGCUCUUUACAUGUCCACAGCCAGGGUGUUAAAAGAAGGGGAAAUAAAUAAGCCAGACCUGGUGACUUACAUCAUCCUGUUUUUCUUUCUGUUCUUGACUGUGACAUUCAUUGUGUUCUUCAUAAACUGCCAGCUGAAAAAUUCUUUUUUUGCUACUCUUCCUUACGACAGAUCGCUCAGGGAGGCGAGGAACCCGUGGAGGACACAAGCUGUCUGACACUUCUCGUUCCAGCAGGAGCAGGCACCAGAAACCCUGUGCAAUGAGGAGUUAGUGCCAUGUGCCAGUGCAAGGAUGUGACCCCCUUUAGAGUAAUGGGCAGGAGGAGAUUGUUGAAAAUUACGCUGUGUGCCAAUCUGAGUAGCUGUAAAUAAAAAGUUCUGUUAUGAACUGAGGAGAAUGCUUUAGCAAAUUUAUACAGUUUUUGCAAAAAAUUGCCCCGUGAUUCCCGAUUAAACUGUGUAUGCAAAUGUCAUUAUCCAUCCAUUCAGCAUCCAUACAAGGAUAAUUGUAUUAACAACAAUCUCUGAUUUGGGCAUCUGGUGGAGCCCAUGUUUAUAAAACCAAGCAUCAAAUGUUAAAAACCCCAAUGUAUUUACCUAGCAGCUCCACACUGAGAUGAGUUUACUUUCAGACCCGUUUCUCCCAACUGCUGCUGGAAUUGCAUGGUGAUAUCGUGGGAGGCCUACCAGGCAGGAGCAGAAAAUGAAAAAUGUUUAUUUAGGGUUUUGAUUGUCAUUCUGUUAAGGGUGUUUUUGGUGUUUGAAUGCAUCAUGGAUCAACUCCUAAGUUACUACUUAUGUGAAACUCUUAUUACCUAUGGAAUUUAUUUUUGACUUUCACAGCUGCAAAGGAAAUUAUUUGCCACAGCAUGAAACCAAAAUGAUCGGGAUGGGGAAAAGUGGGGAAAGAAAAUGAAUAUAUUUGGUAUUAUGCAAACUAAUGAAAGGGGUGAGCAGAGUGCUUUGAGUUUGUUACACAAAGUGGGUAAGUUCUGUAAGCCAUAAAACACAGCUUUAUAGGAACAAUCACUUUACUGCACAGUAUCCCCACUCCUUGCUCUUCAUCUAAACCUAGCCCAAGCAUGAGUUAUCAAUAUGGCAACAGCUUGAUUCAACACUGGUCACUGGCAACCCCUACCAUUUCAAAUUACUACCUGAUUUUGUUCUAAAAUCAGAACAAAAAAGCUUCUGCUUAACAAUGGUAGCUGACAAGCUAUUUUGUAGAUGCUGGUAUCUUGUAAACUUGCAGUUACAGAUCAAGAUGCAUGAACUUGGGAAGAGUGUCCAUCAUUCCCACAAACAGUGGGCAAAGAACUUAUUUUGUUCUUUUUUUUUUUUUUUAACUCAAAUGGCUCAACAUUAGGAGAAUUGCAGCUAUCCAGAACCACACAGUCCUAAAUCCUAUUUUUCGUGUAGUUUUGGGUAUUGGAUCAUCUGAAAAUGUUUUCAAAGUGGUGUCAGAUGCUGCUCCUAACCCUGUUCUUGACCGGCAGAGUACACCAGAGGAGCUGUGUGUAUAUAUGUGUACAUAAGUCAUUUAAUCCAAAUGAGAUUUUACAAUGCAGUUACACACACAUACAAGCUUGCUCUCAAGAACACAGACAAAAUGUGUAUAUAUGGAAUUCUGUUUGCAAGCUUUUCCCUUUUUAACCCAAAACCUGCAGUUGAUAACACUUCCAUGUCAUUGUCUUUGUUACCAUGUUUUAUUUUGCUCAAAUAAGUUAAACUACUACAUAACAGAUUUCAAUAUUUUAU